CCCCACAGAUGAAGAGAUUACGGACAUCAAGAUGCUCAGGGCAAUUGCUCUCGGCCCAGACAAGAGCUUCCUCUUCGUGCACGAAACCGAUAUCUCUCUCCUUGCAUAGGGCAACUCCGGCAGCGACAACACAUCUCCGACCAUCCGUACGGUCACAAUCGACAGUCGCUCCCGCGUUUGAAGAUGCCGUACCCGCGGCCGGAGAAUACCAUGCCGACCCAUUCGAAAGCGAGCCGCCCUACCCUUCCCCCCUCCCCGAACGCGCCCUCUCCUCGCCCAAGCUAGCCGCCCUCCACGCCCGUCUCUCCCUCCCCUCCAAGCUCCCUCUUCAGACUCUGACCCGGUGCCUGGUCGACCCUUCUGCCGACCCGAACCCGCACUUCAACAACGCCAACCUCGCCCUCGUCGGCUCCUCCCUCCUCAGCUACCUCACCUCGGAGCGCUUGGUAGUCUCGUACCCUCGCCUCCCCAUGGCCGUCCUGUUCGAAGCCAUGCGCGCCUACGCCGGCCCCGCCGCUCUCGCAAACGUCGCCCGCUCCUGGGGCAUCGACCAGGCCGCCGCCCCCGGUCCCGAAGUCGACCCGGGCCUGCUCCAGUUCUCCCUCGACCCCGCCGCCGGCGUCCGCCACACCCGCUGGGGCUACGUCCGCAAGGAGGCCGCCCACCUCGACAAGUUCCGCUGGCGCCGCGGCCUGAGCUCCCGCACCGUCCUCGACGACGAGUUCGGCGACACCGUGCACAAGCCGAACCCGAACCCCCGCGAGCAGGAAGACCUCGCCGCCGACCCGCAGCGCGCCGCCGACCUCGCCGCCGCCGAGCGCCAGUCCCUGCGCGACGAGGCCCACGCCGCCGUCGUCCGCGCCGUCGUAGGCGCCCUGUACAUCCACGCGGGGCGCGACGCCGCCCACGCCUUCGUCCGCGCCCACAUCCUGAGCCGCCACGUCGACCUCGAGCGCCUCUUCAGCUUCAAGCUCCCCACGCGGGAACUCGCCAUGCUCUGCGCCCGCGAAGGCUUCGAACCCCCCGUCGCCCGCCUUCUGAGCGAGACGGGUCGCCGCAGUCGCACCCCCGUCUUCGUGGUCGGUAUCUACAGCGGCCGCGACCUCCUUGGCGAGGGCACCGGUGCCAGCCUCGACUUUGCCCGCCAGAAGGCCUGCAUGAACGCUCUGAAGGCUUGGUAUCUCUACAGCCCUGGCCAGAACGUCCGCGUGCCGAGCGAUAUGCUGAGCGAGGGUGCGAAGAAGUGGGAGCCCGUGUAUGUUGACAUUGGAGAGGUUAUCUAAGUUGGGGGGUUUUUUCUUUCUUACCUUCUUUUGCCUUUUCUCGUCAACAACACGACAUGGAGAGAAUCGCGUCCUGGGAAAAGUUACAAAAUGGAACCGCAUGUAGGAGGCUCUAUGGUGGAUGAUUGAUGUACACCAUUCUGGAAAGCCGGCAUCUGCAUCCCCCUUGCCCUGGUUGAACGGGCAGUGUACAAUUUUUUAUUUUUUAUUUUUUGUUUGUGAAGAAGAGAAUCUUCGUUAUCUUGUGCCAUUAGGGGGAAAUGGUGCCCGCCAGUCAGUAUAGAAUCUGUGUAACCAAUAGUGAACCACUGUG